AUGAAGCCAACAGUAUCACAAGACGGUGACUCUACCGACGCCGCCUUACCCAUUGACGACUCGUCCAUCUCUCAAGUCUUUGGUGAUCCUAUUCUCGACUUACACCUGACGUUAUGGGACAUCUUCGAAAGCGCUGCAGCUUCUAAGCCCGAUGGAGACGCCAUUGUUUCGAUGUGGCAGCCACGCCAUCAUUUGUCCAACGGUGAUCUUCCUCCUCCCCCUAAUGGGAAAGACAGGCCCUAUUUCAAUUGGACCUAUGCGCAAUUGAGGGACAAGGCGGAGCGAGUAGCCGAGACGUUGGAGAGUCUGGGCUGCCGAUCUGGAAUGCGGCUGGCCGUUGUGCUUAGUAACUGUGCUGAAUGGGCCUUGUUCUUCUGGGCGGCGGCCAAGAUGCGCAUGGUCUUUGUCCCCAUUGAUCCAACGGUCCCUAGAGAUGCAAGAGCUGCAAUCCUAUCCGUCAAGGCGAAAGUGGUGGUGGCACAAGAUGCAGAGGCUGCAAAGGCGCUCGAUCUUUCCACAGAGUCGAGGAUCUGUAUAGUGUGUGCAGAGGAAAGGAUGGGAGACUGGCUAGAGCUACCUGAUGUGUUGAGUUCUAGAGAGAAACUGUUAGAAUCUACACCCAAGUUGACAAACGGAGUUGACUCGACAGAUACCACCCAAGACGACGCAGCGUUGAUCAUCUUUACCAGCGGAACCACAGGUCAACCCAAAGGAUGCAUACAUACGAAUGCCAACCUCAUAUCGCAGUGUUGCGACUUUGAUCCAGAAGUCAACGCCAUGGGAAAGCUGCGAUGGCUUAUCCACACUCCUGUCUCGCACGUGUUCGCCAUCAACAACACCCUUCGCGCAUGGCGUUGGAGUGGCUUGGCUGUCAUCCCCUCCAAGACCUUUAACGUGGAUGCCACGCUCGACGCCCUCGUCAAAGAGAGAUGUCACAUCAUGUCCGCCACUCCCACGCUUGUCAAAGCACUAAUGUCGCACCCAAACUUCCCCAGCGUGGACCAACUCGACUUGCGAAUCGUCACUAUCGGGGGUACAUCCAUCGGACCAGAAGACAUCAAGCUCUGCCGCGAAGGACUCGGUGCGCAAAUGGCAAUUCAAGUCUUUGGCAUGAGCGAAGGCGCUCCCAUCAUCACCUGGAAGAGGGCGGAUCCAGAUUUGGUGGACAGUUGGCAUCCUGGAGUCGGCAAGGUUCUGCCAGGGGCGGCAGUGAGGAUCUGCCGGCCCGAGACGCGAGAAAUACUACCUCGAUCGGAGAUCGGAGAAUUGCACAUUGGCGGAACAUCCGUUAUUUCCAAAUACUACGACAACAACAGGGGUUCUGAUGGAGCCAUGUACACCGACGAAACAGGGAAUUGGCUAGUCACUGGCGACCAGGCCAGGAUUGACGACAAGGGAAUUGUUUAUAUUCUCGGUCGUUACAAGGAUCUAAUUAUUCGAGGUGGUGAGAACAUAUACCCUCUCAAGAUUGAACAAGUGCUUCUCCAGCAACACAAAGAACUACAAGUUCAAGUUGUUGGUGUUCCGGAUGACUUGGCUGGCCAGGUCGCUGUCGCUGUCGUUAUUUUACCAGAGAAUCUAACAAAAUCCGAAAUCAUUGAAACUGCCAGAAAUGCAGACCAACGAUACGCCCUAGACGGCGUCUACACCCUCCAAGAACUCGGCCUGGAAAAGUUUCCUCUCACAUCACUCGGCAAAGUCAAGAAAGAACAACUCAAAGCCCAUGUCCUCAAACUGCGACAAGGAAAUAGUUCACCAAAAGGUCCAUUAUCGUCAAAGGGUUCAAUUUCACCAACUAGUCCGGUUUCGCCAAAUGGCUCAAAUUUGCCAAAGGGCCCCAUCAACAAGGCAACUCCAAUACCGCCCUUUGUCAAUAAGCUGCUCAGUGUCUGCGAGCAACUCAUUGGAAUUCGGCCUUCCAUUACGGAAAGCUUCAAGCAUCUCGCCGACAGUAUAACCCUGCUACGCUAUUGCGACCGCGUGCUGCGUGCCUGUGGCCAAAGGCUCUACCUGCAGGACUUGAUUGAGCACGACACCAUCGAGAAACAAGCCCAUCUCCUUCUCUCUCGAAAAUUCCAACAAGCCCGCCUUGUCAUCACUCCUGAAGUACCUAAACCCAAUCCUAUCCAGCCUAGACAACACGUUCCAGCUCCAAAUCAUGACAUACCAACCACUACUUCCGCCUGCAAGGACACAGGCAAGGACACACUCAGUCACGCCAAACGUGCCGUAACACGCGCUGGCUUCUCCCCAUCGGAAAUCGAAGACGUCCUACCCAUCCGGCACUCGUUGCAUCGGACGGCGAUUGGGUCCCGUCCGCAGUCCUACCACAACCGCAUGGUCUUUCGCAUCUGCAACGUUGCGCAGCAUCAGAUUCUGCGCGCCCUCGAAAAGGCGCUGGUGUCGAGGCCGAUGCUGAGAACCAUUGUGUUCCCUGACUCGAACCGUAUCCCGUUCCACGCCGUCCUUGCCCCGAGUCCCGCUCUCUUUGCACAGCUCAUCCACGAGGUCGAUGUCGAGACCGAGGAGGAUGCGCAGGAUCGUUUCAAGGAUGGUUCCGCCCAGGGCCACUCGUCACCAUUCAUGUUCCAGGCUGAUUUGGCAAGGACGUCUGGUGGUCAGGUAUUUCUUUGCGUCACCUUUAAUCACUCCGUCUUUGAUGCCCUGUCCAUCUUGCAGUGGUACCACGAUCUCGAUCACUGGAUCCAAGACAUAAAGACUAACAUCCCUGCAUUGACUUCCUAUCGGCUCUUUUCCGAUUUGUUCACUCAAUAUGAGGAGAGCGUGCCUGCACAGAACAGUGUUGCGUUUCAUGUUCGGAAACUUCGAGGCAUCUCUCGCUAUGACCGCGCAUUAUGGCCUCCACAAAAGGCACCUGGCAUGAUGAUCGCCAAUGACCAAGGCUCACCGCAUGCUAGAGAAAGAUGUCAAGUCCGAAACCAAGUCUGGAACGGCGAUUGGGAAAGCCGUGCUCACGAGUUCCAGUUCCCGCGAAACGGUCGCGUUGCAACAAUACCAGGGCUUCCAAAGCUUCAAGACGAACACGGCAUCCACCCAGCACUGUUCACAAAGAGCGCGAUUAUUCUUUUCAAUGUUCUUCAAACUGGUUGUUCACAUGCUUUUCUCAAUGUCUGGGAAAGCGGACGCUCAUGGCCCUUUAUUCCCCAGUGGAUGAACAAACUCCUCCCUCCAGCCAUGAGUAUUGAUGGUCCUACCGUUCAAUGGAUCCUCAAUAUGACCGAAGUUGUCCGCAACGAAACAGUUAUUGAGUUUCUAAAACGUAUGAUAGCCGAGAGCGAAGAGCUAAAACAACAUGAGCAUGUCCCUUGGAACAAGGUUGUUGAAAAGCUCAGCGACGAAGGCGAGGCUGCAAUCGACGCAUCUUUCAGGCAAUCUUUCGUCUGGGAUGUUUCCCUUGCUAUGAGCUUUUCAAAGCAGGGAAGUUUCAAGACUUUUGAGCCUGUCGCACGCUACGAUUGGGCUGACUGUGGGUUCUUCUGGAAUGCCUUUAUGGUUGAUUCGGUGAACUUGUAUUAUAUUGCUUCUUGGGACACGGCGCAAAUGAACGAUACAGAGGUCGGCGGACAUUGUGAUGCUUUGUCUGAGAUCCUCCGAAAGCUAGGAGACGAGAACAACUGGGACAAAAAGCUGGGCGAUGUGUUCCAUCUAUGA